GAAGGGGAGAUAACUCUAAUUUGUUGACAUCACGGCCUCGAUGCAAAGCAUUGUAAAAUUCUUCAAAGAUGCAGUUCCGGCGAGGAUGAAUGAAACUAAUUCUCCACCGGAAACAGAAUGUAACGAUGAAACAACUACAGUAACGGAUCCGGAGCGAGAUGGGGAGCUGAAAAUACUCGCAGAAACUAUUUAUGAUAUUAUCCGUGAUGUGCGAGACCCGGAGAAGCCGGAGACUUUGGAGGAGCUGAGUGUUAUAUCCGAGGAAGGAGUCCAUGUCUCACGACUCCAGGGCGGUCAGCUGUUGGUCAAACUGACCUUCGUCCCCACUGUUCCUCACUGUUCUUUAGCAUCACUCAUAGGUCUAAGUCUGCGAACAAAGUUGGAAAAAUGUUUGCCUGAGCAGCACAAGCUUGACAUCUUCAUCAAAGAAGGAACCCACUCAACAGCUGAUGAAAUCAACAAGCAGAUCAAUGACAAGGAGAGGAUCGCUGCCGCCAUGGAGAACCCCAACCUGAGGGAGCUCAUCAACAAGUGCACCGAGGAACCAGAUGAUACGUACUGAUACAUGCAAGAUGAUACAUGCGGGCAUACCAGAUGAUACAUACUGAUACAUUAAAGAUGAUACAUGCAAGAUGGUACAUACAUACUGGUACAACAUGAUACAUACUGAUACACGCAAGCUGAAACAUGUUGAUACACGCAAGAUGGUACAUGUCGGCAUACAAGAUGAUACAUACAAGAUGGUACAUACAUACUGGUACAAAAUGAUACAUACUGACACAUGCAAGAUGAUACAUGCCGGCAUACAAGAUGAUACAUGCGGGCAUACAAGAUGGUACAUACAAGAUGGUACAUACAUACUGGUACAAUAUGAUACAUACAGAUACAUACAAGAUGAUACAUGCAGGCAUACAAGAUGAUACAUACAAGAUGGUACAUACAUACUGGUACAACAUGAUACAUACUGAUACAUACAAGAUAUAUCUUUCUGAUACAGUUAGGCAUACACGGAGAUGUUGCAGGGCAUUACUAGUUUAUUCACAGGUGACAGAGUGUUGCUUGAUCAGUAUUAUACAGAUGUAUAAGCACUGAUGUUUGAAAGCACUUGAGGAAAGUACUUCACAACAUUUCACAUAAAUUCAAAAUGAUGCUCACUGAUUGCGAUUGCUGUAUUUCUCUGAUUUGUGAAUAUUGAUUCCAUUUUGAUUCAGAAUAAUGUAUAUUGAAUCAGAAUUAUGUAUGGACAUUGAUUUGAAGGAUGUAUACAGUAAAAUGUAAAAAACAAGAUAGUACCAUGCUGUCCCUUGUCUCACUGUGGACAGAUAAAGCCCAGGUAGGACUCACUCCAAGAUGUUACAUGAGCUGUCUCGGAGUUCUGUUUCUGUCUGACACUGAUAAUAGAGACUCCUGGUAAUGAGAAAUUUCUCUACAAGCCAUCGGAGGGCAAGGUGAAGUAGGACUCCUAGUGAUGAUACAACACGAUACCCUAGAGGAAUUCACAUGUUGAUUUUACAAAUAAAAAGAGAAAUAAUUGAUAACACAUUGUAUCCCUUUUGUAAUGUGUUAUCAGUUAU